CUAUCUCUCACUAACUCUCACUAACUCUCACUAACUCUCACUAUCUCUUAAUAUUUCUCACUGGCUAAUUCGCCACGUCUCGCUCACAAAACCUCACUAAAUCUAACUCUCUCUCACUGACUCCACUAACUCUCCACUAUUUGUCUCUCACUAACACUCCCAACUCUAUUUUCGCAGCACCCAAAAAAAUUUCACUAACCAUCAACGCCUCUCAUUAUAAUUACCAUCAUCACCAUCUCAAUGAUCCUUCUCAUUGAUUCCUACGAUUCAUUCACCAACAACCUAGCGAGUUUGUUGCGACAGACCACUCACCAAAAAGUCAUUACGAUUCAUAAUGAUGCAUUCCCCCCUGACCAGUAUGAUACAUUCUAUAAUGAUUAUUUAUCGUAUUUUGACUUUAUGGUGAUUGGUCCUGGUCCUGGUCAUCCUGCUAACGAUGACGAUGUAGGAAUAAUUAAAUUUUUAUUUGAAAAAUUUAAGUAUGCGAAACAAGCACAGUCUCAGUCAGUAAUUCCUGUAUUGGGAAUUUGUUUGGGGUUCCAAUGUAUGUGUUACUCGUUUGGGAAUGACAUUAGUCGUUUGAGUGAUGUUAGACAUGGUCAAGUAUAUGAUAUAAUCCCUGAUAAUGAUAUUGAAAAUCUCUUAUUUAAUGAUAGUAUGACUGGAUUUGGUAAUGUUAGAUAUCAUUCCUUAUAUGUGGAUGAAGUCAAUGAUGAGAUUAUUCCGUUAGCAUAUUGUUAUGAUAAUGAUUCGAAAGUCUUAAUGGCUGCUAGACAUAGUUCAUUGCCAUUUUAUGGAGUUCAAUAUCAUCCAGAAUCUAUAUGUUCAACUAAUGGUGAAAAACUUGUUAGAAAUUUCUCCAAGAUUGCCUAUGAUUAUAACCAGAAAGUCAAUAGAACCAUUAAGGGUCAUUCGGAUGAGUCCACAUUACCUCAAGCCUUUAGUUCUCAUACAGUUCAUGAAGACUAUUUGAUACCCAAUGGGAUCAUAGAAAACAAAUCCAAUACCAGCACUGAUCCAGAUAUAUAUUUAAAGAAAUUCCAAUUAAAUAAUGACAUUGAUCCAACUGAUAUAUGUGAUUAUUUCAAUAGAUAUCAUGAGAAAUUCUUUCUUUUGAAUUCUGCCUCUAUACCGGGAGAAUGGUCAAUAAUUGGAUUACCGGUAUUAUCCGAAAAUGAAAUAAUUACUCAUUCAGUGGAUGCCUUAGAAGUUCAUAUUAAUGUCAAUGGUAACCAUUCUACCCUUCCUAUAAAGGAUAAAUCAGAAGUAUGGAAACUCAUAGGAUCUAAGAUUAAAGAGAAGUACAUUCCUCGAUCAGAUAUCAACACUAAAUUAGGCAACUAUCAUGAAAGAGAUCUACCAUUUUUUGGUGGAUAUCUUGGAUUAAUAUCGUAUGAAGAAGGUCAGCAUGUAAUAUUAGAACAACUUGAAUCGAUAUGUAAUGGAAAUACUCCUGAUUUGAAAUUGAUCUAUAUCGAUAGGUUUAUGGUAUAUGACCAUACAACUCAUGAUUGGUUUGUUGUAUCUAUACGCCCUAAUGAUUCAGAAUGGUGUGAGUCCAUAUAUACUAGACUUACCCAAGCUGAAGAUUUAAAAUUAUCAUUGGAUGAUAUCCCCAGUUCGGUAAAAGACUAUGUGAAUGAAUCUGAUCAGAAUCUUAUCAAGUUUGAAUUCCCAUCCAGAGAUAUCUACAACCAACAAUUUGCUCAAUGUCAAGAUUACUUACAUUCAGGAGAUUCUUAUGAGCUUUGUUUAACCACUCAACUGAAAAUAACUCUCCCCAGUUAUGUCAAUGCAUGGGAUAUAUAUAAAGUAUUGACUCUUCGUAAGAAUCCAUCACCAUUUUCAUGUUUUAUGGAUUUUGAAGAUUGUGUGAUUAUUUCAUCAUCUCCUGAAAGGUUCUUAUCAUGGAAGAAUACAGUGGACAAUAAGAAACAAGUUGAACUUAGACCUAUUAAGGGUACAGUUAAGAAUACUCCAGAAGUCGAUAUAGUUCAAGCUACAAAGAUCUUAAAGACUCCUAAAGAGAUGGGAGAAAAUCUUAUGAUUGUGGAUUUAAUUCGUCAUGACUUGUAUCAAUUUACUGAACAAGUAGAUGUCACUCAAUUAAUGGCAGUUGAAGAAUACAAAACUGUAUAUCAAUUGGUUAGUGUAAUCCAAGGACAAUUGUCUAAACAAGGGUAUCAUGGAAUAGAUGUCCUUCAUAGUUCAUUACCACCAGGAUCUAUGACAGGAGCUCCUAAAAAGAGAUCAGUAGAAUUAUUACAACGUAUAGAAAGUAUGCAAACCACUUCAACUCCAAAUGGUAGAAGAGGUAUUUAUAGUGGAGUGGUAGGCUAUUGGUCAGUGACUGAUGAAGCUGAUUGGUCAGUGAUAAUUCGAUCAGUAUUUCAUUAUGCUGAUGAUAAGGAAAAUACUGAUCAAACUAAAAUAUGGAGAAUUGGUGCAGGAGGAGCAAUUACUGUGCUUAGUAAAGCUAGUGAUGAGUGGGAAGAGAUGGAACUCAAAUUAGUGAGUGCCUUACAGGCGUUUAAGUAACAGGAUUAAACUACAAUAGAAUAUAUAAAAUUACAUAGAUUGUACAUAGAAUCAGUAUACUGUACAUAGACUCAUAAUAGACGUAUACAUAGACUUAUAUGUUAAAUAUGAUUAUAUUAUGCGCUAAAUUUUUCACGUGCUCUUUCACGUGACUUUGAAUGCCCGAAA